GUUACUCGUCGAGUCUCAGUGAUCCUUGGAUGUUCUUCAAAAUCAGCAUAACGUGCCGGUGGGUCAACUGAUGUAUGCUGAUUUGCUACAGUUCACUUCCUACGUUCUCCUCGUGUGGUCGUGAGGCUGUUCAGCCCAGAGCGGUAUCUAGAGCGGUUCCCAGCCUGAGUCAAGCUAUAUCGCCCACAGCAAGUUAUCACCUGAGCGAGGGCUUCUGCUGAAGUUAGGAAACUUUAACUUACUCUUUCCCCAAACGCACCGUGCUUCUCCGCAUAAGGCGUUGCUCGUUCUCAUCCCUUUCCCACUCCCCCCACUUACGAUAUCUUCUUCGAAUGGUUUCCCAUCACUUUGAUCCAUGUGAUUAAGACAUAACCCUCGCUAUCUCCUUAUUGGCCAAUUCACGCGCGUCUUGGCAUCAUGUCAAAUGAACGUUCAACCGACCCUAUCUCGGUCCCAUCUUCUUCUGCGCAUCGACGCCGAGCAUCCUUGGCCUCAGGCCUUUCCUUUGCGGAUUAUCUAUCUAGGUCCGGCAGCCAGGGACAUUCUGCGGGCGCACCCACGGGCUCUAUGGAUAGUUCAGUGGGUAAUGCACCACCCAGUCAAGGUCGACGACUGUCCAUCACCACCUUGGGGCUCGCUGGAUCUCCGAAUCAAUCGUCCCCAUGGGGAAGCAAAAGCAUGCGGCAUGGCAGCAUUUCCAGCUCAGUUGGAUCCGGUUCGGCAAAUCUAGAAGACGCUGUCGUUGAAGACAGUGAGAGUGGCGGACCAUCUAGCGCCGCUCCUCACUCUCCAUUCGCGCGACGUCUUUCUUUUGGCGCGCAAGCGCUACGAGAUGCUCGUGCUGGCAGCAUUAGCAACGGCGAAGGCUUCAACUGGUCUGAAGCCCUGCGAACCCGGGCCGAGCGUGCCCCAUCCUUGGGAAUAACUUCGCCCAACACGCCUCAAACCCAGCUCUUAAGCGGCUCAGGCCAGCAAUGUCACCACCAGCGGGCUACCUCGAUUGCUUCGAUGGAGCAACCGACUCGCGAAAUUCCCAAGCAACCCAAACAGAACAAGCCUGACUUUUUUCAGGAGAAGAUUCUUCGCGGCGAUUUCAUGGAUUAGUGUGACCAGUUUACUCCCCACUUCAAUUCGAGCCUGCUACUGCCCCCCAGUUGUAGUCACGUUUGAUAUCUUCAGAGCAGAGGUUCAGGAUUGGUUGAUCUGUUUUGCCUUACCAUGGACUUAUAGGAGGGAUUUAUCAUCAACCAGAGAAACCUUGAAAA